AUGUCACGAAUAUUUUAUUUAAAUGGAGAACGAUUAAUUUGUGAUGACGAGGAAAGCUUUGCACGAAUCAAAAAUCUAUUUCCACCUACUUUUGUUGUCGAAGACAAAUCUGAGUGGAUUCCUCAGGUAUGUUUUUUGGCUAUCUCUGAAUGGGGCCAUUUCCAAAAACGGAGCCACCUGUAGGGGGCCACUUGUAUGACAAAUUCCCUCAAUGGUACCAGCUUGGAAAAAGUAAGAAUUUCUCACUUUUUUAAUGGUCCACCUAAAAAGAUAAAACACAUAUUUUUUCGUGCAUUUUCUCAAUGGGACCCAUUUAUUUUUAUUUUUAUACAUCUUAUGACGUCAUAGUGAUCGUGAGUUGAAAUUUUGUCAUAUUUUUCGAUUUUCUGAUCAAUUUAUUUGCGUCUCCCUCCCUCUCGCCGAUUGCUCUCUGACAUGUUGUGGAAUGCUAAUAAGAUUUCUAAAAAUAAAACUAUAAGUUGUCAAUAACUUUGGAAAAAUUAUUUUGUUUUCCAGGAAACAAUGCUCAAAUAUACUGCAACAACUUUGCUCGAACGCGCAAAAUUCUACUUCAAUCAGAGCCCGGCAGAUUUAGUACAAUGCUCAGAAAAGUUGUGGUAUGCUGCAGUUUUCUCAGUUAAAUCAAAAUACCUUACAUCUGGACCAGGUAUUAUUUAUUGCUUACUUAUUGGAGGUAUUUAUCUUUAUUUUUCAGGUAUAGAUUUGAGAUCUCAUAAGUCUUUAAGAAAGUUUUGUCGGUUUGCAAUAUCUCAAUGUUUCAAAUUGGGAAAAAUAUCUGAAGGAAUUUUCUGGCAAUUGUGCGAUUUAUGGAGACAGGCAGAGAUGUAUGUUUUUAAUAAGCUAUUGUGGAAUUAAAAAAAAUGUAGCAGCGUCAACUAUUCCCAUGUAAGUUUUUCGAAAAUUAAUGAAUGUAUGUGUGCGCGCACGGUCUCGGUGCAGUCGAAAUAAAAUCAAUAUCGAUUUUUCUCUCGAAAAUGUUGUUUUUCACAAAAAAAACGAUAAUUUUUUCCUAAAUAAAUGACAUUUAUUCAUUUUUAAUGUAGCGACCGCGCGCACACGCACUCAUUAAUUUCCAAAAAACUAGCUGGCGUUGUUUCUCUCUGCCACAUUUUUUAUUUCCACAAUAAUAAGGCUUAAUGUAUUUUUGAUUCGUUUAUCUCUCUUAAAACUUUAUUAUAUAUUGUAGGAUGCAUAAAUUCGUUUAUGCAACCGUAAACUGUCAUCCAACGAAGUUCGAGGAUGUUAUAAAAGAAAUGACUUUCUUCGUUGAUACAUUUGCGCAAUUAGAUGGUGAUCUGAUUUGGCGCAAUUUCGAAGCUCAAUUUAUUGCUAAAACUGAGCCCGGGGUUGUCGUCACCAGAUGCGAGGACGUCGUCUGUCUUGGUGGCACCGAUUAUUCCUGCAGUUUUUCGGUAAUUGUGGAAUAG